CUCAGAGCGGCAGAGAGAAUCUGACCCACUUGCCCUGCUGUGCUGCGCAGACUGGAUGCAGGAAUACAGAGGCAGCGCUGGACGGGUCAAUGCCAGCCGGAUGAUGACCAGUUGUGGCCAGCGGUCCCGGAACGUUCUCGCAGUAUUCUCUCUGCUGUUUCCUGCAGUCCUGUCCGCACAUUUCCGGGUCUGUGAGCCUUACACAGACCACAAAGGCCGCUACCACUUCGGUUUCCACUGCCCCCGGCUCUCAGACAACAAGACCUUCGUCCUGUGCUGUCACCAUAACAACACGGUCUUCAAAUACUGCUGCAACGAGACAGAGUUCCAGGCGGUCAUGCAGGCAAACCUCACGGCCGGCCCCGAGGGCUACAUGCACAACAACUACACAGCACUGCUGGGAGUGUGGAUCUACGGCUUCUUCGUGCUCACCCUGCUGGUCCUGGAUCUGCUUUAUUAUUCAGCCAUGAACUACGACAUUUGCAAGGUUUACCUGACCCGGUGGGGCAUCCACGGACGGUGGAUGAAACAGGACCCCCGGCGGUGGGGGAACCCCGCUCGAGCCCCUCGGCCGGGACAGCCAGCCCCGCAGCCGCAGCCUCCCCCUGGUGUCCUGCCACAAGCCCCCCAGGCCGUGCACACACUGCGGGGAGACACACACAGCCCACCCCUGAUGGCCUUCCAAAGCUCAUCUGCCUGAAAACCCUUUUGCUGUGCCUCAGGAUGGAGGAGGUUAGACCCAGAGCUCCUGGUGCAGCCUCCAAGAAUAGCUUCAACCAAGACACCAGGGAGAGCCGGGGCAGUGGCGUGGUAACAGAAGAGGAAAUACCACCUGUGCCCAGAACCCCCUUCCGAGGACUUCUGAGAUUAGGAGCAAACUCAGGGUCCGGGGACAGACAGGGUACAGGAAAGGGGCUCUGAGCCACCUGUCUGCAAGCAAUAGUUCUCUUUUGGGCUGGUGGCUUCUGAGAAGAGACUCGGUGUGGACUGAGAGGAACAACACUUAGCUGCCCUGGCCGACCCCAGCCAGAAGGAUUUGUGGCCGUGAGUUGUACCAUGGUCCAAACACUGACGUUCCCCCUUCCUCCACUCCCCCCAAUAGUGGCCCCCUUAGGCCUAUCUGUGUCGGAAUAUCGACUGUGAGUGUGUG